CGGCGCGCCGGCGUCGUGACGUCAAUCUGGACGCGCCUCGGUCGCGGCCCGAGCUGAGGUUGGUGCGAUUCUGAGUGGACCUUUCGGCUAUGUCGGUCAUCUUCGCGCCGGACUGGCUGCGAGGCAAGGCCAAGGUCAACCAAGAGACGGUCCAGCGGCUCCUGGAGGAGAAUGACCAAUUGGUCCGUUGUAUUGUGGAGUAUCAGAACAAGGGCCGGGCGAACGAGUGUGUCCAGUACCAGCAUGUAUUACAUAGAAACCUUAUUUACUUAGCUACCAUCGCUGAUGCCAGCCCAAAUGGUACUCCAAAAGCAAUAGAAUAAUCUCCGAUUGGCUAGUAGGUGGAGUCACUCAAAUGUAAUCCAGUUCCUAUCAAAGGCAGACUGGACAAUCACUACAUUCUGCUGUUGAAAACACAAAUGAAACUUCUGUGGUUCUUUUAUUUAACUGUGAAGCAAGCUACUAACUUAACUGUAUUCUCCAUGCCAUUAUUUAUUUUAAUAAUUAGGUUGACCUCUCAGUAAACUGUAAGGACUUAAGGCAUAUGACAACCUUAUCAUUGCCAUUUCUAAUAAAAUUAAUGAUUCAUAAUUAUCAUAUGACAUCAUCUUAUAGUAAGCCAUGUGCAGUGUUGUCCAUUUAUCCACAGUGUCUUUGCUAAGUUGUUUGAACUGGAAGCCAAGCAAGGGGAACAUGUUGGCUUCAAAAGUAAACUAAGUUCCUCUCUUCAUUCUU